CACACUUACUCUAAUCUAUGGUGUAACCUAAAUAUAAUUUACUAAUGAUAACAAAGAUUUAAAACGUUCGAAAUAAUUGAUAACAGCAUUCAAAAUGCAGUGUUAUCAAAUAAGUGCAAAGAAGGCAUGUCUAAUUCUACUCAUGUUUGUUGUAAACGGUGCACAGCACUCGCAAUUCGGUGAUAACAACAUGGAUCUAAGCAGAAAGAGUCAAAACUUUAAAGAAGUAUCACUAAAGAACAACCCUGAGAUUAUGCUAAGCCAUGGUUAUUGUUCUGCACAUCAUGAAAACUGUGAACAAGUGAGUGGCUUCUGCCUCAGUUGUGACAUGAACAGCACUUGUAUUUACGGCCAGAAACUCAAUGCAACUUGUAAUGUACCCAAUGGUAUAAUCUGCAUGACAGGUAAAAAAACGUUUGAAAAGGAAUACAUCUGCAGAUACUGCUAUCAAACUGAACCAUGGGAGCAUACUUGUGAUUGGAAAGCAAGCUGCAACUCUGUAGCAAUAAACCGAUCACAAUAUACAACAAAUUGUACAGUUAAUGACAACAUUAUAUGUUUAGGCUCAAGAACAUUCAAUAAAAAUGUUUAUUGUAACUGGACAGGCGGAUAUCGCUGGUCCACUGCACUUGUGCUAAGCAUAACUUUAGGAGGCUUCGGCGCGGAUCGAUUUUAUCUGGGGCAUUGGCAGGAAGGCAUUGGUAAACUCUUUAGUUUUGGUGGACUAGGCGUGUGGACAUUAAUAGAUGUUAUUUUGAUUUCCCUGCAUUAUUUGGGACCUGCUGAUGGGUCACUAUAUAUUUAAUUUGGUACAUAAAUAUUUAUUUCUUUGACUGAAUCACGAUUUUUCUGUAAAUUUCUAUAAAAAUAUUCAUGACA